GACACCGGACACAAGCACACCCUCCUCCGUCUCCUCUCGGACAGAAUGCAGCCUACAUCCGCCCUGCUCCUGCUCCUGCUCCUGGGCACCGCCGCCUGUUUUGAGCUGAUCCCAGAGGAGGCUGCACCCCGGCGGGCCCGGUUCUCUGCCAACAGCCCGACCGACGUGGCCAGAUGUUUGAACGGUGCUGUAGCUGUGGGCUGUGGAUUCUUCUCCUGUCUGGAAAACUCCACCUGUGACACUGACGGCAUGCAUGAAAUCUGUGAACUGUUCCUCCACACAGCUGCUACCUUUAACACUGAGGGUAAAACUUUUGUUAAGAAAAGUCUACAGUGCAUCGCCCAGGGAAUCAACGCUAAAGUAUUCCAGACUAUCCGUCGCUGCAACAUCUUCCAGAGGAUGAUCGCAGAGGUGCAAGAAGAGUGUUUUACCAGCCUGGACAUCUGCACUGUGGCUCGUACCAACCCUGAUGCCAUCGGAGAGGUGGUGCAGGUGCCCACUCACUUCCCAAACAGGUACUACAGCACUCUGCUCCAGACCCUGCAGGCCUGUGACGAGCAGACGGUGGCGGCGGUGAGGGCUGGCCUCAUCGCCAGGUUAGGCCCCGACAUGGAGACCUUCCUCCAGCUGGUCCAGAACAAGCCCUGCGCCACAGGCUCCACCUCUGCCACUUACAACAACCCAGCCAGCUGGAGAAACAUGCCUGUGUUCAACAUCCAGCCCGGCUUCAGGGGCAGAGAUCCCACCCACCUGUUCGCCAGGAAGAGAUCUGUUGAUGGAAUGGAGGGAGGGGCUAAGGGCCAGAAGUAGACGCACACACAUGCCUGAGCAUGCAUACACACACACACACACACACACACACACACACAUGCAUGUAUGCUGCAAACACUUACACAUCUAUGCACACUGAUACACUUGCAAAUGUGCAGCUUUCUCUUCUUUUCACCAAAUGAUUACCUUUGCAGAUGGUGGGUGGGGGUGAUGCUUCCUGUUAAAUGUUGUUUUUGGUUUUUUUGUUUGUGUUGUUUUAGUUGGUUUUUGUGGAAGACAUAGAUUUGGCCCAAUGUUACUGACAAGCUUGUUUGUGCAAAGUGUAUUACAGACAGUUUAAAAGAGACCUAUUAUAAUGACUAUCAUUUAUAUUUAUUUUCUUAAAUGAGUUAAUUUAUAAGGCUUUCAUGCUGUUCUAUUUAAUUUAGUAUGUGGUAAAAACAGAGUUGUAUACAGCCCAGAAGCUGUGGAGGUCAGAGGAUGCUGCCAUGCUGGUCAUGGAGCUUUUUGUGACUCCUGAAAGGGCUAAUGCACUGAUCUCAGAUCAGUUUAUUCAUUAUAUACAUUGUUGAAAUAAGAGGAGUGUGUUGUAAACCUGAUACAGUGACCAAAGUAGCAGUCUGUUUGGCUGUGUUGUGUUAGAAAUAAAUUAUGUUAAAUGAUUAUCAUUGACUGAUUUGAUUACUUUUAUGGUAUGUGCACUGUAGCAAUGACUGAUCACAACUUAUAAUCAACGUAAAGAAAGAACACAAAAAAUAAGCAACAUAAUAAGACAAAUUAAUCACAAA